UGCAGCUUUUUUUCUCCCCAAACUUGUUAGUCAACGUGACCAGGGACUUUCUCAAGCACCUCGGUGGGAGACUGACGCUCGGACCACCCCGGCUGAAAGCCUGUACACGCAGGGAGCUACGUCCCAAAGACUGUGGCUAUCAUCAACAGCUGCUUGCCAGCAGAGCAGCUGAAGUCUGGGGGAAAAUUCGUUUUCCUUCCUCGACAGAGGCCAGGCACCCAAAUGGGAUCUCUGAACAAAAUGAAUUUCAUUACAAGGCUUUCUGCUUUAUGUUUGAGGAAAAGCAAGUUGCAACAGAGGCACCAAAGUGGUAGACGACCGGCUGUUCCACUUGGAUCACGGAUUUUAACUGAUCCUUCUAAGGUUUUUGAGCAUAACAUGUGGGACCACAUGCAGUGGUCACAAGAAGAAGAGGAGAAUGCUAAGGAAAAAGCAGCACAGAACUCACUUGUGAAAGUCCAUUGGGAAGACCAAGAUAAAUAUGAGAGAGAAGCCAAUAAAUAUUGGAAUGAAUUUUACAAGACUCAUAAAAAUAACUUUUUCAAGGAUCGCAAUUGGCUGUUUCUGGAGUUUCCAGAAAUUCUUCCAGAAAAAAUGAGAGAAAAGUUGAAAACAGAAGAAAGAUCUUCAGAACACACAAAAAUAAAUAGUAUCGACAGUUUUUCAUGCAAAAAUGAAAUGUUUGAGGAAGGAGAAAAAUAUUGGAAGAAAAAUUAUGGAGGUGGUUCUACUUCUGUACAAGGAUGUGUAUAUAAUAAAACACAAGCAAAAUCUCUUACUGACAAUCCUCAGGGUAAAAACUGUGGAGAAGAACUUGGCAGGCUAGAAUCCUUCCCUGGUAGUGAUGCCAGUUACAGAAUAUUAGAGGUUGGUUGUGGUGCUGGAAACAGUGUCUUUCCAAUUUUGAAAGUUCUGUGCAAUACACCUGGAACCUUUCUAUACUGUUGUGAUUUUUCUUCAGGAGCUGUGGAGCUGGUAAAGUCACAUUCGUCCUACAAUUCAGCCUGGUGUUCUGCCUUUGUUCAUGAUGUGUGUGAUGAUGCUUUACCUUAUCCUUUUCCAGAUGAGAUCCUGGAUGUCAUUCUCCUUGUCUUUGUGCUCUCUACUAUUCAUCCUGACAGGAUGCAAAGGGUUGUAAAUAGGUUGGCUAAACUACUGAAACCUGGAGGAAUGUUGUUAUUUCGAGACUAUGGAAGAUACGAUACAGCUCAACUUCGUUUUAAAAAAGGUCAUUGCUUGUCAGAAAAUUUUUAUGUACGAGGAGAUGGAACCAGAGUAUAUUUCUUUACCAAAGAUGAGAUAUGGAACAUGUUCAACUUGGCUGGAUUAACUGAAGUACAGAAUUUAGUUGAUCGGCGAUUACAAGUAAACAGGAAGAAAAAAGUGAAAAUGCAGCGAGUUUGGAUACAAAGCAAGUUCCAAAAACCAUUGCUGCUAUCUCAGAAUAAUUUGAAGAAACUGCUGAAAGUCACCUUUAUAUAUAAUUGUGCCAUGAACUCCAGAAACCGAAGCAGAUUUGACGAAACCAAGGCGGGUGCUUCUGCCAUAUCUGCAAAUCCACUGAAGAGGACAACCAAAAUGCAGGGCAGACAGGGAGACAGCAGGAACUCUAGUGACACUAAGGAAAAGUUUCUUAUAUUGGAAACUGCUGUUUCUGUUUUGUCUUUUGCUUUGUAACUUGGCUAAUGUGCAGAUUCUGCUGUUUAAUAAUGACUAAAAAUUUGUAACAAACCAUUCUGAAAAUUUGUAUUAAACACCAGUGGAAAUCACUUAACAUAAAUUUUGCUACUUUAUUUUCAUUUGUGUAAUCCUUAUUCACUGCUUUGGUGUGCUCUUUGAUCUGUUGACAUAUGCCUCAUUUCCCCUUUUUCCUGUGCAUACUAGACAAUUAAGCAGUUUCCACAGGAGCUAUAUACACAAACAUUUGCAGUAAGGUUUGCUGGCUGGGUUAUUUCUAGGAUCGAAGCAAGAGAGUUUUAUUUCCUUCUGUACAGAACAGAUUGCAUUUUUUUGUGUGUGUGUGAAUCCAAACAAUUAUAUAGAUGCUAAAUUAAUAUAGUGGUAUUGGCUAUGGUUUUUUAAUUAUUUAAAGUCAAAUAUACCUUAGAGUAUGCUGUUUGUAAUGGCAGUGAUAAUAGUAGACAGUUCGUACAUAAAUAAUUUCUUCUUCAUAGAGUGUCUUCAUAAUGGGGGGUUGAACAACCUUGGAAAUAAACCAUUUAUGCAUAUUAUAAAAAUAUGAAACAUUGCUAUUGUUAGUAAUACAGGUCACUUUGCCUUUCAAUAUCUAUGUAAACUUCCCACCGUGUUUGGAACAGAGAUUGGACAUGAGGGGUUUUUUUACAUCAAUUAUGUGCCAGUUGCCCUCCUCUUGAGAAUCAGCCAGAAAUUGGACACAUCUAAGUCUGCUAAACAUGGUGACAGAUAAUACACAGUAAGAAUUACAUGGGUUGCCAUGGACAUCUUAGCAGGUUCUUUGUUGAUUCUUUGUCAGCUUUGAGCUGAGAAGAGAACUUCUCUAUCCAAUGACCAUCCUCACCCUUUACUAGUACCAAGCAACUAAAAGAAGAACUUGCCCGAUUUGAACGCAAGAGCCAUACAGGCAAGAGGGGAGGAAGACAAAGAUGCAGCUGAAAGGCAGACAAGAGAAGUGAGUGUUUUCCAGUGGGAACUGGGGUAAGAAGGAAGCUUGGAUGGACUGACAAAGCAAGAAGAAUGAUAUGCAGAACUCAACAGGGAACUGAAGAACACCAUGGGCACCAUAUAGGGAGAAGAUGUAUAGCAGGAGGGGAUGUGGCAGGGUAAGGACAUUGGGGCUAGAAAUGUGUGAAAUGAAAUGGAGGAGGCAAGAAGAAAAAGGGAACUGUUUUGUUACAGAAAUAGGGUGAAGUGUGGGUAAACAAAGAAAUUGGAAUAAGGAUUGGAGGUGGAAAGACCUACCUUCAAAGUCUUUUUUCCCAACGGUACUGUGUUUUCACCUUAGUGGAAUAUUAUAGGCUUUGUCCUUCAUCAUAUGUGCACAAUGUAUUUCAAUUUAUUACAAAGAUGGAAUGUUUUAUUGGUUGUAGUUUAUAUGUGCUGUGCACAUGUUUGCAACAGUGCAGGCAGGUUUAUGAUACACCUGCUUUUGCUUUUUCCUUGGGGAACAAUGUUUUUACCUCCUUUCAAGUAGAACUCUAUAGUGACAGAAGCUACGCUCCUAACCUCCUGGGAAGCAAAUACAAAAGAACAGAAGUGCUUGCAUCCUGAUUGUGUUCAAUCAAGGUAGGACAAUUAAAUUUACUCCAUAUGUUCUGAUGUUGCCCCAUUUAAAUCAAGACCAUAUCUGCAGAUUAUCACCUUGAAGUGCCACCCAAUCUCAGUUUCUGUUAUACUUGCAUCUGUUCAACAGAACUUAAAAGAAUUUGAAUAAACUAGAAAUACGACUUAAAAGGAAAAUAGCAAAAUAAUCUUUAGGCUUUAUCUGAAAUUACAACAGUUUUGAGAAGGAAUAUGUUUGUUAUUUUAAAACAUUCUCAUGAUUGCAGAGAAGCACUCAUCCAAGAGGCUGAAAAUUUAGGUUAUUUGAGGUCUAACAUACAUCAUCAAGAAUAUUAAAGCUAAUAAUUGUGUUACGAAACUUUGUAUACUUAAUGUUAGCCAAAGGUAUCUUGUCAGUUGCUCCUGUGAAAAAGGAGUUAGCAACAAGCUAGUCCCAUUUUCAGAGGAUGUUUUAUUGAUCAGGUUACUACAAUUUGAGGGGAACUUGAAAGAUUAAGAAAGCCAGUGAAUUAGCUUAAUGAUGGCUAAAACCCACUGAUUACAUACACGAUUUAAUAAAUGCUCAAAGAAUAAUCUGAGGAUUCCUGUGUAUUGAUACUAAAUGAACUUUACUUUCAUUAAAAACACAGACUUGGUGUAUGCUGCUAGUUACAAAAGCAACCAAAAUGUUAAAAUUUGUAAAUAUGGUGUAAAAAUAGAAUGUUCUAUAGCUACUGCAUAAAUCCAGUGUAUAUCUCUGUGUUGUGUCCAGCUAGAAAAAAGAUGCAGUAGAAAUACAUGGUGAAAAUUCCUAGAGACAUGAAAAAACUUCCUAUGAAGGCAGGUUAGGGAAAUGAAUGAUCGACAAUGUGAGGAGGGCAUAUAACUUGUAUUUAGAAGGUCUGGUUUAUCCCUUUACAUGAUACAAAAAGCAAGGUGAAUUAGUCAAGUUGUCAGGCAACAAACCUACAUUGAUAAACAUAUACAGUGUGCCCUAUAAAAACAAGGAAUCACAAUGUUCACAAGGCUAAAAGACUAGUGGGUUACCAGAAAUUAGUUACAUUAGAUUUUUCCAUUUUUAUUUUUGUGUGU